AUGGAAUCCAGUUCCCCACAGCAGCCUCUACGCGGUAGAUGCCCUUAUCCCACCGGAGCGCGAAUGGGGAAACCGAGGCACGGCGUGUUUUCCCCGGAGGUGAUGCGGCUGCGUGGUGCCGCCCCAACUGGGCCGAGCGGAGCCAGUGCCCUUUCGCGGGGCGCGAGUGCACCCUCCCCGCAGCAGGGCUCACGCGUCCCUUCUCAACCCCAGGCCCGGAGCACUGGCACCAGAGCUUCCCCAUUGCCAAGGGCAAGCGCCAGUCCCCUGUGGAUAUCGACACCAAAGCGGCCGUUCACGACUCCUCGCUGAAGCCUCUGCGUGUCAGCUACGAGCAGGCGACUUCUCGGAGGAUCCUCAAUAAUGGUCACUCUUUCAACGUGGAGUUCGAUGACUCCCAGGACAAAGCAGUGCUGACGGGAGGGCCCCUCCAGGGCACUUACAGACUGAUUCAGAUCCACUUACACUGGGGCUCAUGCGACGGGCAAGGUUCCGAGCACACUGUGAAUCAAAAGAAAUACUCGGCAGAGCUCCACUUGGUUCACUGGAACACCAAGUACAAGGACUUUCGAGAAGCCGUGCAGCACCCCGACGGACUGGCUGUUCUGGGCGUUUUUCUGAAGAUCGGCGAUGCUAAUCCAGGCCUACAGAAGGUCACCGAUGCGCUGGAUUCCAUUAAAACAAAGGGGAAGAGCGCCGACUUCGCGAACUUCGACCCUCGCGGCCUCCUUCCCGGCAGCCUGGACUUCUGGACCUACCCGGGCUCGCUGACCACCCCGCCGCUGCUGGAGUGCGUCACCUGGCUUGUGCUCAGGGAGCCCAUCGGCGUGAGCAGCGAGCAGAUGCAGAAGUUCCGCAAACUUAACUUCAAUGCGGAGGGCGAGGUCGAGGAACUCAUGGUGGACAACUGGCGGCCGCCUCAGCCCCUGCACGCCAGGCAGGUCAAGGCGUCCUUCCAGUGAGGCCGCCGGGGCCGGCCGCCCGAUGACGGACAGCGGGAUGGCCCUUCCGCCCAGCGCCGACCCACCGGGCGCUCUGGACUCUGGUGGCUCCGCGUCUGCGCUUCUUGACCCUUCAGCCCUCCCCCGCCGAGAUCGCUAAUAAACUGAAGAGCCAGACCCAUUGUCACGCUUGGCAGAAUUGCUGGGACCGGGACUUUGCUUACAGGGUGGCCUUUCACAUAAAGAAUGGAAAACGUACCUUGGCUUUGUUCGCAGCCCGUGGGUGGGAAGCACUCGAGCUAAAAUGCUAUUUUUCAUAAACAUAGGAAAGUAGGAUGAUUGAGCACAAAUGGGUAUCAUGAGAUAAAGUGAGCCGUGUAACGUAAGCCAGGUAAAAUGUAUGUACACGACUCCAAGAUGUUACAUUAAAGAAAAACUUUAAAAUUCUU